AUGGAAGCACUCCUCCGGCUGCCCCAGAAGCUGCUCUGGGUCAUCUAUGAGAACUUCGAACAGACACCUUGGCCUAUUCUGCUGAUUCUGGCACUUACAACAGCUGUCACUGUCUUGACCGCUGUAUAUGCGGCUGUUUUCAUCCUUGCACCUACACCACGCCCGCCUUUCGCGUCAGAGAAGACGUACAUAACGACAACACCCAAUGGCUCGACGUCUUCUCCGAAGCCGCUUCCAUGCUGGCACGACGCGUGGCUGACCCAUCGGAAAGAAGCCGAGAAUCUUCGGGAUUUCAAGGAGAAGCACACUGGGGACAUUGAAGAAGCAGAGCUGGAAAUGAGUGUGGUCAUCCCGGCCUACAACGAGGAAGAGCGCUUGGAGAUCAUGCUGGAAGAAGCUGUGCCCUUCCUCGACGCCGAAUACGGACGCGCACCGAAGCCCAAGGGGAGCGCCAAUGCGGAUGGGAGUGAGAUGGGCGGGUACGAGAUCUUGCUUGUGGAUGAUGGGAGCAGGGACAAGACGGUGGAGGUUGCGCUGGCGUUUUCAAGGAAGCAUGAGCUGCACGAUGUGCUGCGCAUAUGCAAGCUGAGGGAGAAUCGGGGGAAGGGAGGAGCUGUCACUCACGGGCUGAGACAUGUGAGAGGGGCUUUUGCGGUCUUUGCUGAUGCGGACGGAGCUUCGACGUUCUCGGAUUUGGGGAAGCUGGUAGAGGGAUGUCGAGCCGUGGCCGAUUCUCCAAAGCGAGGCGUUGCGGUGGGAAGCAGAUCGCAUCUUGUUGGCAGUGAAGCGGUCGUCAAACGAUCUGCAAUUCGCAAUGUCUUGAUGCACUCCUUCCAUGCCCUCCUCAAAAUCCUCACACCGCCGGCUACCUCCCGGAUACGCGACACUCAAUGCGGCUUCAAGCUCUUUUCGCGCGCUGCUCUCCCACAUAUCAUACCGUACAUGCACGCCGAGGGCUGGAUCUUUGACGUCGAGAUGCUGAUGUUGGCUGAAAGCGCGCCCACUGGUAUCGUAAUUGAUAGGAAAGGACGGCAGAUUGGGACGACGCCUGGUAUCAGGGUUGCAGAAGUCCAGAUUGGGUGGAAGGAGGUGGGCGGGAGUAAGCUGAACGUUAUUUGGGAUAGUCUGGGAAUGGCUUGGGGUUUGGCACUUUUGAGGGCUAGUUGGAUGGCGGGUGUUUACAGGAGGAGAUAG